AUGCCCUGCUCUGGCGGUUCUCAUUGGGUGAACUCAGCCAGCUUCUGGUCAGAGACCAGGGACCCGAGGGCGAUCCUGCCCGGGCUGGACGUACCGACUGAUUUCUUGGGCAAAUUAGUCAAAACUCCACCCCAGACACGGGAGGCCGGCUUCGACAAGCGCACCGGACCCGGCAUCGUCGCCGCGGCCGAGAAGAUGAAGGGCAAGCCUUACGUCUGGGGUGGCGGCGACAUCCACGGUCCCACGAAGGGUGGCUUCGACUGCUCCGGUCUAACACAGUACGCCGUCUAUCAGGCUCAGAAGAGGAAGAUUCCGCGGACUGCCCAGACUCAGUACACGUCCAAAUUGGGCAGGCACAUUCCUCGUGGCCAAGCCCAAGCCGGCGACUUGCUCUUCUGGGGGAAGGGCGGCAACUGCGAGACUGGCGUCGUCCAUGUCGGCAUCUUUACCAGGCCUGGCUGGAUGGUGAAUGCCGCCCACACUGGAGUCCCCGUUCGUGACCAGAAGAUCUGGACUUCGUCCGGUGGCGAGAGCAUUUGUCCUGAUGCCGUGCGCUUUUGGUGA